CAUUUCUGCAGAGGGGCAGUGAGGAAGUGAGAUAGCUGGGCCUGUGUGGCGGAGGAAUACACAUCUCGAGCUGCUGUCCAUCGAAAACGCGUAUAGUCAGCCUGAGCCUACACACCUACAUUUUAACUUGAGGACCUGUAUCCCGGGGACGCUCCUCGCAUAGUCUAGUUUUCGUGCAUUAUCUCAGCUUGACUCCUUAAAACAUGGCUGAUCAACUAACGGAAGAGCAAAUUGCAGAGUUCAAGGAGGCUUUCUCCUUAUUCGACAAGGACGGCGAUGGCACCAUCACAACCAAAGAGCUGGGCACAGUCAUGAGGUCACUCGGUCAGAACCCCACAGAAGCCGAGCUGCAGGACAUGAUCAACGAGGUCGACGCUGACGGAAACGGAACCAUCGAUUUCCCAGAGUUCCUGACCAUGAUGGCCAGGAAAAUGAAGGACACAGACAGCGAGGAGGAGAUCCGUGAGGCCUUCCGGGUAUUUGACAAGGACGGCAACGGCUACAUCAGCGCCGCUGAGCUCCGCCACGUCAUGACCAACCUGGGCGAGAAGCUGACGGACGAGGAAGUGGACGAGAUGAUCAGAGAAGCGGACAUCGACGGUGAUGGCCAGGUCAACUAUGAAGAAUUUGUACAGAUGAUGACUGCAAAGUGAAGCCUGCCCAUCCCUUCCUGCCCUCUUAGAAGAAAAAAAAUCAAAUGUUUUACUUACCUCUUGGAAAAAAAUGUUCAUUUAUUCAUAAUGUUUCUGUAUAGAAAAUAAUUGAAUGUUGAAAUAAAAAUAUCCUUCUGUCCACACAGAAAAAUAAGUUUAAAAAAACAUCUGCAUGAAGUGCUUAGUGAUCCUGUCCCCAAAGAAAUCAGUUUAGCAUCAGUAAUAAUAAACAAGAAAAUAAAGUACUACUAUGUAUCUACCUUCAAAACUGAAGAGAAACAGCAUCUGGUGAACUUCUUAAGUUCCAUUUGCUCUUGGUAAAGUUUGGGCUGGCCAUCUUACUUCUCUCUGUUUUCUGUUCUACAUGCAUGCAGCUUGAGCAUGGAGCCUGGUCUCCAGCCAGAGCGUGCUGAUUCCACUGAAUUGUUGUAUCGUUGGUUUGGUACAGUUUUUUGUAUAUUGAGAGGAACCCUAAGAUGAAGAGGAAAAAUAAUAUGAAAAGAAAGCUCUUAAUUUUCGCAGUGGACAGUGGAAUGGGACUUUUAUUGUAUGGUGGGAUUGAAAAAAAAAUAAUAAAAAGUGACAAAAAAAACAAACAAAAAU